CCGUUUUUAAAACGGGCAAUAUGAAUUUGGAGGAGUACUUUGAAAGAAUUGGCUUCUAUGGCCCAUACGAUAAACCGGAUCUUCCAACGCUCAAAUUGAUCCACAGACAUCACAUCAUGUCUGUUCCUUUUGAAAACCUCAGCAUUCACUGUGGGGAGUCUAUCAUCAUGGAUCUUGAGGUAGCUUUCAACAAGAUAGUGAGGAGCCGCCGUGGAGGUUGGUGCGUUGAGUGCAACUACUUGUUCGGCUGGGUGCUGAGGAAACUUGGGUAUGAUACUACAACUUUGAGCUCCAGAGUGUUUAACAGUACAAUCAAUGAUUUCAGCACCACUGAGUGCCACCUCAUAAACAAAGUUGUCAUAGAUGGAAAGGCAUACAUCACUGAUGUGAGCUAUGGGGUGUCUUUCCAAAUGUGGCAGCCUCUGGAGCUCAUCUCUGGAAAGGACCAACCUCAGGCAGCAGGUGUCUUCCGUUUUAUUAACAAAGGGGACGUCUGGGUGCUCGAGAAAACUGGCAGACCACCCAAGUUACUCAACCCAGAGUUUGCCAUGUCAAGUCUGGUGGACAGGAAGCUAACAAAGACGAUGCACUGCUUCACCUUGGAGCCCAGAGAGCCAAAUGACUUCUCUGAAGUAAACCAUGCACUUCAGAUGGACCCCACCUCACUUUUCACCAAUAAAUCCAUCUGCAUUUUGCAGACGCAUACCGGAUUCAGAGCCCUUUUUGGCUGGACAUACAGCGAGGUCACCUACAACCCAGAGGAAGGCGUCGAUACCUUUGACAUGAGGAACAUACCAGAUGAUGAAGUACAACAAAUUCUGAGGAAGAAGUUCAACAUCAAUUUGGAAAAGAAAUUACAGCCUAUUAACAAUCAAUCAUUUUAUUGUCUCUGA